CCCCGAAGAAGGACACCACUGCAAAAUUGUGAUCCUUUAACUGAUUGUAAAAUAUACCGGUUUGCCUGGGUGUGUUUGGGGGUAAAUUCCCCAGUCUUUUUGGACCAUGGCCGACGACGAUGUGCUGUUUGAAGAUGUGUACGAGCUCUGUGAGGUGAUCGGAAAGGGACCAUUCAGUGUUGUGCGGCGAUGUAUCAACAGAGAAACGGGACAGCAGUUUGCUGUGAAGAUCGUGGAUGUGGCCAAGUUUACUUCCAGUCCUGGCCUGAGCACAGAAGAUCUGAAGAGAGAAGCAAGCAUCUGUCACAUGCUGAAGCACCCGCACAUUGUCGAACUGCUGGAGACGUACAGUUCCGAUGGAAUGCUCUACAUGGUCUUCGAAUAUAUGGAUGGCGCAGACCUGUGCUUUGAAAUUGUAAAGAGAGCAGACGCUGGCUUUGUAUACAGCGAAGCAGUUGCAAGUCACUACAUGCGACAGAUUCUGGAAGCGCUGCGCUAUUGCCAUGACAACAAUGUCAUUCACCGGGAUGUGAAGCCUCACUGCGUUCUGCUUGCAUCGAAGGAGAAUUCAGCCCCUGUGAAGCUUGGAGGUUUUGGAGUGGCUAUACAGCUUGGAGAAUCUGGAUUGGUUGCUGGAGGCAGAGUUGGAACUCCUCAUUUUAUGGCCCCAGAAGUGGUGAAGAGGGAGCCCUAUGGAAAGCCAGUCGACGUCUGGGGAUGUGGGGUCAUCCUUUUCAUUUUACUCAGUGGAUGUCUGCCAUUUUACGGAACCAAGGAAAGAUUGUUUGAGGCCAUCAUUAGGGGGAAAUACAAGAUGAACCCAAGGCAGUGGAGCCAUAUCUCUGAAAGUGCCAAAGACCUGGUACGCCGCAUGCUGAUGCUGGACCCUGCAGAGAGGAUAACUGUUUACGAGGCACUCAACCACCCCUGGCUCAAGGAGAGGGACCGCUAUGCCUACAAAAUCCACCUCGCCGAGACUGUGGAACAGCUGAGAAAAUUCAACGCCAGAAGAAAAUUAAAGGGGGCAGUGCUAGCAGCUGUUUCCAGCCACAAGUUUAACUCGUUCUACGGAGACCCUCCUGAGGAGCUGCUUGACUUUUCUGAAGACCCCACAUCCUCAGGACUACUAGCUGCAGAAAGGGCUGUUUCACAGGUGCUGGACAGCUUGGAGGAGAUCCACGCGUUGACUGACUGCAGUGAGAAAGACCUGGACUUCCUGCACAGCGUCUUCCAGGACCAGCACCUCCACACAUUGCUUGAUCUGUAUGACAAGAUCAACACAAAGUCCUCCCCGCAGAUAAGGAAUCCCACAAGUGAUGCUGUACAGAGAGCCAAAGAGAAUUCCACCGAAGACGAAGCCAGCGCAGCUUUGAAACAUCUGGAAUAUGUACUGGAAGAGAUUUCAUGUUACCCAGAGAACACUGAUGCUAAAGAACUAAAGCGGAUCCUCACACAGCCCCAUUUUAUGGCCUUACUGCAGACCCAUGACGUUGUGGCCCACGAGGUUUACAGCGACGACGCGCUGAGAGUCACGCCUCCGCCCACCUCCCCCUACCUGAACGGAGACUCCCCGGAAAGUGCCAACGGCGACAUGGACAUGGAGAACGUCACCCGCGUGCGCCUGGUCCAGUUCCAGAAGAACACUGACGAGCCCAUGGGCAUCACUCUAAAAAUGAAUGAACUGAACCACUGUAUUGUUGCACGAAUAAUGCAUGGCGGGAUGAUCCACAGGCAAGGCACACUACAUGUCGAGGAUGAAAUUAGAGAAAUAAAUGGAAUCAGUGUUGCCAACCAGACCGUGGAACAGCUUCAAAAGAUGCUUAGGGAGAUGAGAGGGAGCAUCACAUUCAAGAUUGUGCCAAGCUAUCGCAAUCAGUCUGCAUCUUGUGAGAGAGAGUCCCCCUCCAUCUCCAGACAGUCCCCAGCUAAUGGGCACACCAGCAUUAACAAUUCCGUUUUGGACAUUCCAUUAACUACCCAACCAAAAGGACGACAGAUAUAUGUAAGAGCACAAUUUGAAUAUGAUCCAGCAAAGGAUGAUCUUAUCCCCUGCAAGGAAGCAGGCAUCAAGUUCUUGGUGGGUGACAUCAUCCAGAUUAUCAGUAAGGAUGACCACAACUGGUGGCAGGGCAAACUGGAAAAUGCUAAGAACGGAACAGCAGGCCUCAUCCCAUCUCCAGAACUUCAGGAAUGGCGUGUAGCCUGUAUAGCAAUGGAGAAAACCAAGCAGGAGCAACAAGCCAGCUGUACCUGGUUUGGCAAGAAGAAGAAGCAGUACAAAGACAAAUACCUAGCAAAGCACAAUGCAGUCUUUGACCAACUAGAUCUAGUCACAUAUGAAGAAGUAGUGAAACUGCCAGCAUUCAAAAGGAAAACAUUAGUCUUGUUAGGUGCUCAUGGAGUUGGUAGAAGACACAUCAAGAACACACUCAUCACGAAACAUCCUGACAGAUUUGCAUACCCCAUUCCACACACAACCAGACCAUCAAAGAAAGAUGAGGAAAACGGCAAGAACUACUACUUUGUAACACAUGACCAAAUGAUGCAGGACAUCUCAAACAACGAUUACCUGGAGUACGGCAGCCACGAGGACGCCAUGUACGGGACAAGACUGGAAACGAUACGCAAGAUCCACGAGCAGGGACUGAUAGCAAUACUAGACGUAGAACCACAGGCUCUGAAAGUCCUGAGAACGGCCGAGUUUGCUCCCUACGUCGUCUUCAUUGCUGCACCUACCAUCACCCCUGGCAUCAAUGAGGAUGAAUCCCUUCAGAGGCUGCAGAAGGAAUCCGAAAUUUUACAGAAAACAUAUGCGCACUACUUCGACCUGACUAUUAUCAACAACGAGAUUGAUGAGACCAUCAGACACCUGGAGGAAGCAAUCGACGUUGUGUGCACUACCCCACAGUGGGUGCCUGUCUCCUGGGUCUAUUAAACCCUGAUGGCAAUGCUUCUUAGCGGAACUUCAUCAUUCCCUGAAACAACACCUCAAACAGUGAGAAACCUCGUUGUAAAUGACCUUAAAUCAAUAGGUCUCGGCCCCUACAGACUACCUAGACGUAGUGUUGCAUAACAUUUUGUAGUAUUGUCAUGUCCUUAUAGAUAAGUGGCAACAUUUUACAGAGAAUUUUUAAAGAGACAGUAUCACGUUACUCACAGGAACGGAUUUUAAAUGUAAAAACAAAUAAUAACAAAGCACAUUCUGUUUAUCAUAAAUAUAUGCGCAUCCCAUAACACAGUAUCUGUCAAUGAUUAUAGAGUACUUAAAUUGGAAAAGAUUUCAAUUUCGAACAUAAGCAUAACCUGCACACUGAAUGCUGCCUUGUAUGAUAUCCCAUCUCUAGUGUAGACAGGCGUUAAGUAGGUAAACACUACAGUGGUAUUUCAUGAUUUAAAAACUGCUCAUUUAUUCACUUAGAUCUUUUGUUUGAAUCAGGCAAGCGAAAGGAGUGUGUAUGUGUAUUAAAAUGCAUUUAUUUGGCUCUUUAUUUUUUAUUAAAGCUGUUCAUUUUUGUUACCUUUCUCAUUGUCUGAAAUGCAGCCUAACAUGCCUGACCCUCACAGCAAUACUGUCUCUUUAAAGAGGUACAUAAAUGUGUUAGAGAUUUGAAUGAGGUCUUCUGCAUGUGGACAGUCGCAAGCUUUCAUGCUGUUGGUGUUAUCAGUGUCAAACUACUGUAAUCUACAGCAGAGUACAUUCCAUUAGUUUGGAAUAAAACAAAAACGCACCCAAGGGAAUUAAAUAUUUAUGGAAAAAAAUAUAUAAACCUAUGCACAUCCCUUGCAUUUUGGGCAAAUUUAUAAACAACUGAUUUUUAUUAAUCAUGUAGUGAAGAUGUGUUUGUAAAUUGUCUCGAGUUUAAUUUGUUGUAAGAAAAAGGGGGAAGAAAUUGUACCGGAUUCGCCAUUGCAGAAAAAUGUGUUGUCUGAGAGUAUUAAUGUUUUAAUUUAAGUUUAAUCAAAAGAAGAAAAAAGAAUGCUGAUUUUUAUUCUGUAUGUAAUUGUUUCAAGGAGGUGCGCACAAUUUGCAAGCAAGUACUGUGUAAACAAAGAGACAGUUUGUGCAUCAAGACAAAACAAAACAAAGCUGUGUGCAUCUCAAACUGUUUUCUUCUAACUGCCCUUUGUAAAUUCCUCUGAAAAUGAAAAGCAGCUCUACAGUCUGAACCGUUUUUUAAAUAUACUUCCUUUUCUGUGUUCAAGUAAAA